CUAUCGGGAUCGCGUGGCGCCUCUGGUAGCGAAUUGUUUGGAGGGUUACAAUGCGACGGUCUUAGCAUAGUAAGUGCACCAUGCGGUCGAUGGAAAGGAGGGUUACUUCUUGUUCUUGGAGUUUUUGUAGCUUCUAUUUUUUGUUCGAGUUGUAUUCUAAUUUCUGUUGGUCUCAACUAUGGGUGGAUGAUUUAGUGGACAAACAGGAAGCGGAAAAACCCAUACGAUUAUGGGCGGGGGGAUGUCGAAUGCAAUGAUGCAAGAAGAGACUCACCAGGGAGUGCUUCCCCGGGCAAUUAGGAACAUAUUCGACGAGUUACAAACACAACAACAACAGGUCUCAGAUACCAGAUCGAAACCUAGGAAUAAUGUUCGCAAUGACACUGGUGCGUCUUGCACCUCGUACGAAUUUUCGGUACGCGUACAAUUUCUGGAAAUCUAUGGAGAAGAAAUCAGAGACCUUUUAAAUCCGCGACCAGUGGGCACUUCUACAACCGAGUCAAAACUUUCGAUUCGAGAUGUCGGCAACGAAGAACCAGAAGUUGUAGGAGCGACCAUGCACAAAGUAGAUUCUGCAGAAGAAGCUCUUCUCUGCCUGACUUCGGGAAUGUAUCGAAGAGUUACCGCAUCCACUGCGAUGAACGCAGGAAGCAGUCGGUCCCAUGCCAUUCUCUCCCUAAUCGUAGAGCAAUCAACAUCCAUGGACGAGAUUGAACAAAACACUCAAUCAAAGACAUCGCGAUUCAAUUUUGUCGAUUUAGCAGGUUCCGAACGCCAGAAGCGAACGCAGGCCACUGGCCAGAGACUGAAAGAGGGCAUCGAUAUCAACAAAGGGCUAUUAGUAUUGGGAAACGUGAUUUCGGCAUUAGGCGAUCCACAAAAAAGAGGGAAAACUUUCGUUCCGUAUCGUGAUUCAAAAUUGACGCGUCUUUUGAAAGGCAGUUUAGGCGGAAACCACAAAACGCUCAUGAUUGCUUGCGUAUCACCGUCUUCGAGCAACAUGGAUGAAACUCUCAAUUGCUUAAGGUAUGCCAAUCGUGCAAAAAAUAUCCAGAAUCAUGCAGUUGUCAAUUUGGACGCCGCCUCCCUCUUAGUUGCUGAGUUGCGGGGGAAAAUCCAAGGAUUGGCCAGAGACUUGAUUAAGGCAAAGACGGGAAAGUUAGACGAAUGCUCGAUCCCUAUGAAUAUUGUCGAAUCCCUAGCGAGUGGUGGUGAUGGAGCUGGGGGAGGAAAAAUAUUCACGAAAAACAUACAGCCUGCAUUCUCGGCAUCUGCAACAGAUAACGAAAGUAAAGCCGAAACACAGCGACUACGAGCUGAAAACGAAUCCAUUCGUCUUCAGCUUCAUUCUUUCUCUGAAGGAAAUGAUCCUUCCGAAGUACUUCAAGAAGCCUACGUUACAAAAGUUACAGAAUACGAAAAAGAAAUAUCUCGUUUAAAGCAUGAAAUUCAAGCAAAGAAUGAUACGAAGUCAACUCUACCGAUCCAGCCAGAAUCUCCAGAACUGAACCGGCUCAGGUCCCAGAUGUUCGGAAGUCUGGCCAAGUCCAUUACACUCGAUGCUGAGGUAGAGGCAGAGGAAGAAGCUAUGAAAAAUCUUUCUGAAAAAUUCUUGAAUCAUCCCAUGACUGACGGCGAGUUUCCUGAAUACGAUCGGUCCCAUGAUAUGGAAGACGAAACAGCUUCCACACCGGCUGAAGUCCCUGCUGCGCUCGACGCUGAUUUGUUUGCGCUGUCGAAUUCGAUUUCAGCGAAGGAAUCAUUGAUCCACCAACUGCAAGCUUCACAAGAGAAAUUUGAGUCAAUGAGAGAAUUUUACGAAGAAAAAUUACGAGAGAUGGGAGACAUUGUGGCAGAAAAAGAAGCUGAUACUGAAAAACUGGUUGAUGAACUGAAAAAACUUGGUGAUGGUCAUAGUAGGGGGAAAGAAUUGUCCCAAAAACUGAAAGAAAAACAAGCACAGGUAGUUGAGUUGAAAAGAAAGCAGGCAGAGCUUUCUCGAMUCACAAACGUUGCGUCGCGGAACGAGUCUCAAAUAGCUCGCCUGAAGAAUGAUGUGCAAGAAAUGAAACACAAAAAGAUUGAUCUACAAAAGCAAAUGGUGGCAGAGCGAAAAAACCACAUGAGCGAAGUGAAGAAGAUGAAAAAAGAAUCUUUGCAAAAAGACAGGGAAUUGAACAAAGCCAAGAGAGAGGUGAACAAGAAAUCACAAGAGGCAUCGAAGGCGCAAAAGAUUGCAAAAGUUAGGCUUGGUCAAAUGAACCAAUUGAAAGCAAAAUAUAAGGACACAGAAAAGCGCCUAAGAAUGAAAACCGUAAAGCAAGGGGUUUUGAAAAAAGCUGGAUUGGAACCUGUGCUUUUUGGGAGAAGCCAAGCAAGAGAUGAUGGUGGCAAAAAACACAGAACAACAGCUGCUAGUAAAUGGGGAAAAGCCGAUGUAGAUAAACUUCGUGACUUCUUUGACAAAAAAGUCGCUGACGUAAGUAGGCGCGAAAAUCUAGCUGAAAAAUUAGCUCAGGAGUGGGAAGAACACCUCGAGCUAACCAUUCAAAAAGAGGAGUCUUUCAAGACUGAUCCAGACGACCAACACGAAUCUAUUCAGGCCUUGGACUCGGCAAUCAAGUAUCGCGAGGAACGCAUUCGGCAGUUGGCGUCAAAACUGGGAAAACGCGAUAAGAAAAAUAAACACGACCCGGCGAAUGAUGAAACCUUCGUCUUCAAGAAAGAAUUUACUACUAUAGUAGGUUCRGAGACGUUGACUGGUGGCGCGGAGACCGUCGCGAAAGUACUUUUCGGUAUGGUGGUGCGAGAAAGACGGAGAAUCGCAUCUUUGGCUCGAACGGCAUCCUCAUUAGACGAGAAAGUUCAAGAGAUAGAAGCUGCUCUUGCAGAAAAAGAUGCAGCAUUCAACGCCUAUGUCGGGGAACAAAGGUUGGACGCAGCGGCGUUAGCCCAAAACCAACAAGAACACAUUCUAUCGUUGAUGGAAAUGGUCAAAGAAGGCCAGACUGAGGAAUCUCAAAAGCCUCUGUCCCCCCGUACAGACACGACCAACCGCCGUUUAUCACUCUCUGCUAAGGAUGGGAAUUCGAGGCUACUUGUUCUAGCAAAUGGACGUAUCGAGGUGCUUGAGCGGCAACUAAGUGAGACUUUACUUGCCCGAGAUGCAGUAAGAAAGCACCAAGAGCGAGAGCAAUCGGCCCUGUUCGAACUCGACGCGAAAACAAAGGAAUGCGAAGAACUUUUAGAAGAGAUAGAUGAGUUGCGCUCUGCUCUUCGUCGUAUUCGGGAACAAGUUGUAGAUGAUGAAAGUCGCUCUGCGGUCGGAUUGGAAAAAGAACGACAGACGCCUUCCAAGGCAGUAGAAGAUAUUGUCACCCUUGCUUUGCAUCCGGCAUCUCUUUCCAGUUCGAACACCAGGCGCAGACGAUCCGUUGCGCAAUCCAUGAAACGCCAAUCACUCGUGGUAUCAACAAGAGAAAAAGAGAACGAGUUACUAUCCAGCGACAGCGACGAAGUGCCUGACUGGGCGGAAGACAUAAUGGCUGACUUAGCGAUCAUUGCUGAUGGGAAAAUGCCGGCUUCGCUCAUGCAAUCACAAGAAGUUAUCGAGGCAGAAGCUAACAAUGUCUUCGAUCGUUUGACAAACCCGAAAGGCUUUACUGGGGUGCAAAAGCAAAGAAGUGUGACUCGAAGUCGCACAAUGCGAAAGAAUCAAACAUCUGAUGGUCUCAAAAGCUCGACAUUUGUUGAUGAAAAAGAAAGAAAGAAAGAAGGUGCGCCCUUAAGAAGACAAAAAGAAAAAAUAUCGAGUGAAUCAGCUGGGAACGGUCGCACUGUUUUCGAUCGUCUACUUAGUCCUUCUAAUCUUACGGGUACACAAAAACAAAAAUUCCACCGAAUACACGACAAAAAAGGUCGCACGUUGGAAAAGGCUAUAGAAAAUCAACAUGUCUCAGUACGGGGGAGAUCACGAGCCAUUCAUUAUGAUUCUGAUCACACUGAAGAUGAGAAAGAUUUUGUGUUACAUGAUCAAUUCUCUCCAAAAAGUAAAGGAAGUGAUGCGGGUGAAAAGAGAAAUUCGCACAAUUCAAGCAAGGUUGAUGAUCAUUCACAGCUCAGUGUAUUUGAGAGACUUAACAAGACCACAACACAAGCUUAUAAAGAAAAGGUUCAUGGUAACAUUGCGGAAAAAAUGCUCGACGACAUUCUUCUUGAUGAAGAAGAACACGAAAACGAUGAUGACGACAAUGACGACGAAAGCCACAAAUUUGAGCCUCGUACGAAAAGAAUUAAAGAAUACGCCAGUCAAGAUGUUUUUGAAAGGUUACAGCGAACUACAACAGAAGCAUAUGCUUCAAAGCAAAACCAUCCAACAGAAGAUUCAAGUGUUCCUAGAAGUCCAAGCCCGAUGAGAAGACGAGGAGCAUAACUGCUCUGAUGCGYAGGUUUUUUGUUUCCUUCACAACAAAUCGAAUAGAAUCGUAUCGUAUGGUAUGAAAUUGCUCAGGUCGACGAAAAUUAAAUAAUAGCUUUUUAAUUAA